GUGCUUCCUGACUGUCCUUUGUGGUUUGUGAGAAGUGCUGAUCACAAUAUGUCUUCAGGAAAUGCCAAAAUUGGGCACCGUACCCACCAGUUCAAAGCAACUGCUGUAAUGCCAGAUGGUCAGUUCAAAGAUAUCAGCCUAUCUGACUACAAAGGAAAAUAUGUUGUGUUCUUCUUUUACCCUCUUGACUUCACCUUUGUGUGCCCCACGGAGAUCACUGCUUUCAGUGAUGGGGCAGAGGAACUUAAGAAACUCAACUGCCAAGUGAUUGGUGCUUCUGUGGAUUCGCACUUCUGUCACCUGGCAUGGAUCAACACACCCAAGAAACAAGGAGGACUGGGAACCAGGAACAUUCCCUUGAUAUCAGACCCCAAGCGCAUCAUUGCUCAGGACUAUGGAGUCUUAAAGGCCGAUGAAGGUAUCUCAUUCAGCGGCCUUUUUAAUAUUGAUGAUAAAGGUAUCCUUCGACAGAUCACCAUAAAUGAUCUUCCUGUUGGCCGUUCUGUGGAGGAGACGCUGAGACUAGUUCAGGCCUUCCAGUUUACUGACAAACAUGGGGAAGUGUGCCCAGCUGGCUGGAAGCCUGGCAGUGAUACCAUCGAGCCUGAUGUCCAGAAGAGCAAAGAAUAUUUCUCUAAGCAGAAGUGAGCGCUGGGCCAUUUUAGGGCCAGGCUGCAGCAGGUGGCCAUGAGAGCAAAACCCCUUCUGUACUACUGUC